GUUCUGAAAGAGAAGUAUACAUCUAUACAACUUUCUUUCCUAGUUAUCAGGAGUUCUGAAAGAGAAGUUACAAUGAUUGAUGUCAUCUUAGUUUUUGUCAUUGUCCUGUCUGCCAUGUACUGGUGGACUUCUCAACGUAAAAAAGGUUUCCCGCCAGAACCAGGACUGUCGUUACCUUUGAUUGGUCACAUUCAUUUGAUAGAGACGGAUCCAACCAAUCAGUUCAUUCAGUGGAGAAAAAGACUCGGUGACGUCUUCCUGGUCCGCUAUGGCUACAAGCAGGUGGUCUUCAUCAACGGCUACGAAGCGAUUCACGAGGCGCUGGUCAAGAAACACGCCAUCUUCAUGAACAGGUCGGACGGAUUCAUACAUGAGGUUCUCUUCAACGCUAGAGGAGUCGUAUCACUUCCCGGAGGAGAGUGGCGAGAGCAGAGGAUGUUUCUUCAGCUAGCACUCAAAAAACUGGGGAUGGGACGCAACGUCAUGGCAGAGAGAAUCCAUGCUGAGAUUGGUCACUUGCUGCAUGAAAUUGACCAGUCCAAAGGACAACCCUUAGAUUUACGAAAACUGUUCACAGCCAGUGUUUGUAACGUCAUUUGUUACAUUACUCUCGGCAGACGAUAUGAUUAUGACGACAAAUUAUUCGACCAAAUGAUACAGCUGACUCUUAGACAGUUUGAAAUAGGCUCCCCUUCUUCCCCGUUACAUUUCUUCUACAAAAUAAUCCGUAAUCUACCUUGGGAUUUUUUCUACUAUCGAGAAUUUAUGCAAAUAAUCAAAACCAUGAAAGCUCACUUUAUACGUUUGAUUCAGGAAACUGUUUCUGAUAGUCGCAAUGAUGGACAUUCCGUCGUCCAUAUGUUUACGGCAGAGAUGAAAAAAAGAAAGGAAUCUGGAAGCAGUUCAACCUUUCAAGAUGACAACCUGCUGUAUAAUUGCUGGAAUUUUUUCAAUGCUGGCACCGAGACAUCCAGCACCACGCUCCACUACGGCGUUCUGUUUCUGGUCAACUUUCCUGAGAUUCAAGAGAAGCUCUUCGAAGAAAUCAAAGAGCAUGUUGGAACUGAUCAUCUGCCUCCUUGGAGCAGCAGAAAAAAUUUGGUAUUGCUAAAUGCUUUUAUUUACGAGACCCAGCGUCUCUCUAGCAUUAUACCAUUAAGCUUAGAACGAAUGACGGCAAGCGACUCGACGAUUAAAGGAUGUUUCAUCCCGAAAGGGACCGUUGUAAUUCCAGUUUUAGAUUCUCUUUUAUGGGACGAGGAAGUCUGGGGGGACCCCAUGAACUUCAGACCUGAGAGAUUUCUCGAGAACGGCAAACUAACAGUGAAGAAAGAAUUUUUGCCUUUCUCUGAUGGCAGUAGAAGAUGUUUGGGAGAGCCUCUUGCUGCAAUGGAGCUGUUUCUAUUUAUGGCAGCUUUGAUUCAACGCUAUAAAUUUGUACCUGAAGAAUCUGGGAAAAUGCCAGCAAUGGGAGGACGCUAUGGAUUUUCUAGAACACCGCAUCCCUUCAAAGUGCGAGCUUUGCUGAGAGAGUAAAACAGACUUUGAUAAAUGUUUCAAAUUAUUACAUUGUUGUCGUUUUUCUUUCUACUAACAUUUUGAUAUUUAUUAUUUGAAUGAUUAAAAUUCUAUAUCUAUCUAUAGCUAUGUAUCUGUCUGUGUAUAUAUAUAUAUAUAUAUAUAUAUAUAUAUAUAUAACAAUGAACCUUAAAAGAAUUUAUGAACUUUUAUUUCUGACAUUAAUUUUUGAAUUUCACUAAUAGAUUCAGUUUGGUCACGUGACUAUUAAAUCGUCUGCUAUAGAAAUGUAUCGCGCCAAACUAACACUUGACUAUAAAAAAAAUCCUGUAUACAAAACGCCAGUUUGUGUUGUUGCUUGUUUUUAGAAUAGUAAGUUCAUUAUACAAAAUGUGUAUACCACGUGACCCGUGACGUAGCACAAUCUGUGGGCUAGCCCCGCACUGUGGGCGCGACAUAGCUUUAAAAACGUCCGGAUACAGAAAAUAGAAACUCAAAGACAUAAAAUUGCAACACAGUUUUCCGUUUCUUCAGGAUAAGAUAAGAUAAGAUAAUUUUAUUGGUCCAAUAAAUGGAAAUUCA